AUGGUCGAAGCCCCUGGGCACGUUCGGCAGAUGGUCGAAGCCCCUGGGCACGUUCGGCCUUCCGACAGAGCCUGUUAUUCCGAUGAGCUCGUGUUCCGUGCUCCCCUGGUGUUGAGCAAAGCAGGAGACGUCCGUGAGGAGUUUGAGAACCAACUCCGGCAGUACGAGGCAGAGGAGAGCUUGAAGGAGGAUGAGGAGGCGGCCAGGGCGGAGAUAAUCCAGAUCAUCCUGGCGGAGGGGGAGCAGGACAAGCAGCAGACGGACAGGAAGAAGCCGGCCAUGGCGGAGCAGCUGCCCAGGAAACGCAGUCGCGAAUUUAACGCCGACAACAUGUCUGACUCGGAGAACGAGGAGCCGGUGAAACGAGUGGCGUCGAGGCAGCGGGGGAUAAUGGUCAACGGCAAACUGAACGCCAAUGGUACCAGCCGCUUCUCGAGGGCGCUGGGUGGCAACUCGGAGGAGACCCGCAGCACAAGCACCCCCAUGGAAAACAGCCAGAGCCGCAGGGCAGCGGGCCGCAGUGACAGCGCCACCAAGGGCCCUGUGACCGCCCUCGGCACCAACACCCCCAACAUCCUGUCGUCCUCUGAGAACAGCCGGCCCAACUCGGCUCCGGACCUGACGGUGGACAAGCAGGCGCUGCCGGACGGGGUACCGUUGGACCGGUGCAAGAUUGAGCGGUCGACCAGCCCCGACAGCAACGACAGCAUCUCGGAGGAGCUGAACCACUUCAAGCCCAUCAUGUGCUCGCCCUGCACGCCCCCCAAGAAGCUGGCAGACGGCAGGCUGCUGUCACCACGCAUCAUCAGGUCCACACCCAGGAACUUGCUCAGCCCCCUGCACAAGGCGGCCACCACCUACGAAGUCAGCCCGCACCUGCUGGAGAAAUGGGGGCAGAUCCUGGUGGAUCGGCACAUGGAGACCAAGGGCACCGUCACAUUGGAGGGGGAGGAAUGUUCGGGGCGUCUGGUGCCCGAGUGCGAUCCAACCACCGGCGCCUGCCGUUCCCGGCCCCUCUCCCGCGCCUCCGCCGGCCCCAUGGACUGCUCGGACUUUGCCGAGGUCCCGGACUCGGCGGCGGAGGAGGAGUGCGAAGAGGCAGAGUGCAGCGCCGGGGCCAGCCCGCCGGGGCCGCCGAAGGAGAACGGGAGCGGCACGUGCCCGAACAGCGAGCGGCAGUCGCUGGGCCGCGGCGGCAAGAAGAGGGGCCACAAGAACGCCUGCCCCUCGCCCCAGUCGCGAAACAGCCGCAAGAGGCACCGCAAGACCAAGCACGCCGCAGCCGCCGCCACCACCGCCGCCACGGCGACCGGGCCCGACAAACGCAUCCGCCUCAGCCCCGCCUCGCUCAACAACGUGGCCCAGUCGCAGCAGCAGGAGGAGGAAGACCGCAAGAUGGCGAACCGGCUGCAGCGGAAGUUCGACCAGGAACGUAGCUCCGUCAACCGCAGGAAGGGCAGUAAGGACAGCUACCCGCUGCGGACAAAGGUCAUCUCCAACGCCGAGUAGCGGGGCCGCCCUCCGCCCCUCGCUCCACCCUGUAGCCACCGCAGGAAAAUACAGCCCUUCACCAUGCAC